CUGGAUAAGUGAGAGUAAUAGCCAGGACCCGUCAUUUUAAGCUCCCAAAACCUCUAUUAGAGAGAAACAGAAACCUCUGUAAGAGAGAAUCGUUUUUCCCUCAUGGACCUCCGUAAGUGAGACUGCUACUUAUCUAUACCUCUAUAAGCAACAUUCGAGCUUUACGGUAACCGUACUCGUCGAUCUCGACAAAGAGGUCGACGUGCAACCUAACCCAUGCAUCAGCCCGCUGAGUUUCUCGCCGGAUCUUCUCAGCGGGUCGCGAUUCCGAUCCGGUAGUAGAUUCAUUCGCGAAACAAUUGCUCUUGAGUUGUUAGGUCUCCUUCGGAGGCGCUCGGGCAGUUGUUAGCAAAUCCCGCCCCUCUUGGCUGAGCCUUUGCUCGCCCACCUGUCCUGGUGAAACUGGAAAGGCCUUCGGGCCACCAGUAAACUUUUAAUCAUAAAAAAAAAAAAGUCGAGCUUUAUUUAUUUAUAUUAUUUAGGAGGAACAAAUGAAAAAACAAAUUAUAAAUUUAACAUCUGCUAUUUUAUGACUCAUUCUUAACUUUUGUGGAACUCCCUACCAUUGUUUUUGAAUUUUUUUCUCGUCAAUAUUGAACCUAUUCUAUUUCGUGGAACUAAAUAACGUUGUUAUUUUAUCGCAUUCUUUUCGAAUGGAGACGUGUGCCUGUGUACCGUCCUAUUUGUCGGACUUACUCAGUUUAUCGUUAAUCAAUUGCGAAGAAAAGUUCUGUUCUGCAUCAUGUCAAAACGGAAAAUUAAAGUACUGUCAUUAAGUGAUAAACUUAAAUAAUGAAUGCGUUUGAAUCCGGAAAAUCGCGAAAUGAAAUUCAAAAGGAGCAUUAGCGAGAAACUCGGGUUACAAACUGUAUGUACGUACCUAUAUAGAAGAAGAAGAUAGAUUUACUGUGUUUCGUAUUCAUUUGGUACAUAUUUGAGAAUUAGGUACACAUGCGAUGGCUAUUAUAAUAAUACUACAUUUAUUUAAAUUCUAUGACAUAAAGAUAAGUAAAUUAAGGCCUUUUUUUAUUAUUGUCCUAGUAGGUAGACGAGCGUACGGCCCACCUGAUGGCGAGUGGUUACUGUCGCCCAUGGACCAAAUCAACAGAAAUCUAUGCUGUACCCAUGCUAACACAAGACGUUUUUAUUUAUACGGUGUAACUAGCUUAAUUACCAAUUAAGAACAGAUUUUAUAGAUUUGAAUUGUGAUUGGUAGCCGUCGACUUCAGCAACAGUAGAUAAUACAGUCAAAACCGUUUACUGUGACAUCGUUUAGAACAACAUGCCGGUUAUAAUAACCUAGAACAAAGGUCCCGGCUGAAUGCUAUAUGACCGCCAUAAAAACAUUGCUUUAAACGACAUUGCUAAUAACGACAUACCUCAUAAAACGACCACAUUUAACUAAUAUUUCGGAGAAUUAGAUCUGUUAGAACGACCGGCUCAGCUGUAUUGUAAACAAUUUGAAUGGGUAUCCAAAUUUGUCUUCAAUGGCUAUUAAAAUGAGGAAAGAAAACAAUAGGAUUUAGUUUAGUGUAGGGUCUUUUCUAAUUCUUAGAAACAAAACACGUGCAUGCGGUAGAGUCAAAGCCCGCUUCUUCAUAUCUCUUCAGUUAGUUUGUUACUUAUCUAUACACAAGACGCACCAAAACUUUGUGGAGUUAAUCGUGAAACUUUCAAAAUGUCGCAAAGAAAAAGAAAACAAAUUAAUAUUGAAGAAAAAUCGCGUAUUAUAUCCAAGCUAGAGAGCGGAAUUUCAAACAAGGACUUAGCAAAGGAAUAUGGUGUAUCACACUCGACAAUUUCAACCAUUUGGAAAGAGCGAGAAAAAAUUCAAACGCUUUAUGACAAUAAUUUUUUGAAAAUGAAACGAGCCAGAACAACGAAGCACACGAAUAUUGAGGAAGCUUUGUUGAAGUGGUUUAAAUGUCAAAGGGCUAAUAAUGUGCCAAUAAACGGACCGAUUCUUCAAGAAAAAGCUAACGAUUUUGCUCAACGUUUUGGCGAAGAUUUUGUUUGCUCGUCUAGUUGGAUCCAACGUUUCCGGGCUCGGCACGGUAUUAUCGGCGGGAAAAUGAGUGGUGAAGCUGCCAGUGUUGAUAAGGAUACUGUAGAAGAAUGGAUAACGCAAAAGUGGCCUACAUUAUUCGAAGGCUACGGACCAGAUGAAAUUUUUAACGCAGACGAAACUGGACUUUUUUACAAUAUGACACCGGACAAGACUUUAAAGUUCAAAGGAGAGAAUUGUUCGGGAGGAAAAAUGUCUAAGACAAGAUUAACGAUCAUGGUUGCAGCAAAUAUGACAGGAUCCUCUAAAAGAAAGCUUUUAGUUAUUGGCAAAUCUAAGAAACCAAGAUGCUUUAAAAACAUACACUCACUGCCGGUAACGUAUGAAAACAAUGUGAAGUCAUGGAUGACAUCGGACAUUUUUGAGAGAUGGUUAAGAAACUGGGACGCUGAAUUGAAAGGAAACAAACAGAAAGUUCUACUUUUGGUUGAUAACUGUCCUGCUCAUCCGGCUGUUACUAAUCUAAAAUGCAUUAAACUUGUGUUCUUACCACCAAAUGUUACAUCUGUAUUGCAACUAAUGGAGCAAGGUGUCAUAAGAUGUUUAAAAUCUCACUAUAGAAGACUGCAAGUGUUAAAGUUAAUACAAAAUCUUGACAGUAGCGAACAAAAAAGGUUUACGGUUCUUGAUGCCAUCUUAAUGAUAUCAGAAGCAUGGAAAAACGUUUCACAAAACACUAUAGCUAACUGCUUUAAGCAUGCUGGUUUUAAAGACCUCUUAACAAUAACCUCAGAUGAUGUGACUGAUGAUGAUGGAGAGGACAAUAUUUCUCUUGCUCAAUUAGCCCAAAAUGUACGACCUGCUUUAUAUACUACUGAAGCAGCAGAGUUCAUUGAUGUAGAUAACUCUAUUGCAAUUUGCGCACGAGCUACGGAAUAUGAUAUUGUACGAGAUGUUCAAGAGGAAGAUGACGAACAGGAAGACUCUGAAGAACAAUUUACUGUACCAACUUUGAAUGAUGGUAUCAAUGCUGUUAGUAUAUUAAGAAAGAUUGUUCUUUUUAAUGAACAUUUCCACAUCCACAGCAAUUAUGACGAUACGUUAAUUAAAAUCCAACGUGAAUUACAAAAUAUCUAUGCACAACAGAAGUGUUCCAAACAGACCAAAAUUAGAGAUUUUAUGCUUACAGAAAAAUAAUAUGUAUUGUACUUAUGUGUAAUAAACAAAAUGUACAUAUUUGAAUAAAUAUAUUUUUCCAAUAAUUCCCUA